UACGUAAUAAGUUAAAUUCCACAUGUGGCUAUACCUUUUUAAAACAAUUUCGAAUUGAAAAUUUUUCAGGUUGAAUAAAAAGAAUUUGCAAAAUUCGCUCAUGUUUCUGGGAGCUCAGCAGAAGUUCGCUUAUUUAAGCGAGGCCGGAAGAAAGGUUUUUUAUGGGGAAACUUUUUUUCUUCACAUAGCGUUUAACGCUGAUCCUGAAGCAAAGUCAUGGUUUAAUGGUGUGUUCAAUCUUGGUGGAGUUUUCAAGGCC